AUGAAGACCGCCAGCGCUCAUAAGGCCAAAGGGCAGCAAUCAAGGGCAGCUGUGGGAUGGGCCACUGGGUCUGCAAAUGUGGCGCAGAAGGCCUCCCAGAAGAAGCAGAGGGGCAGAUCUUCCUCCCAGCCCCGCGGGAACCUCGUGGGUUGCAGAAUUUCACAUGGGUGGAAGGAAGGCGAUAAGCCCAUCACGCAGUGGAAAGGAACCAUUCUCGAGCAGGUGCCUUUGAAUCCCUUCCUUUAUCUGGUGAAGUAUGAUGGAAUUGACUGUGUCUAUGGACUGGAACUUCAGAGAGAUAAAAGAGUUUUAUCUCUUAAAAUUAUCUCCGACCAAGUGGCAUCCUCUCAACUUGGUGAUGCAAACCUUGCAAACACCAUAAUUGGCAAAGCAGUGGAACAUAUGUUUGAGGGUGAGCAUGGUUCUAAAGAUGGAUGGAAGGGGAUGGUCUUAGCCCAAGCACCUAUCAUGAAAGCCUGGUUUUAUAUUACCUAUGAGAAAGAUCCUGUCUUGUAUAUGUACCAGCUUUUAGAUGAUUAUAAAGAAGGUGACCUCCGGAUCGUGCCAGAGUCCCGUGAGGCUCCUCCAGCAGAAGGGGAGUCAGGAGGAGUUGCAGGUGGCCUGAUAGGUAAACAUGUGGAAUAUACCAAAGAAGAUGGCUCCAAACGGAUGGGCAUGGUCAUUUACCAAGUGGAAGCCAAACCCUCUGUAUAUUUCAUCAAGUUUGAUGAUGAUUUCCUCAUCUACGUCUAUGAUUUGGUGAAAAAGUCCUAA